AUGACUAGCAGAGAGGCCGAGGGUCGCCUGGAAUUGCUGCAGAUCUAUAAGUUGAUUCAGUGCAUCCACGAAAACGACAAGGAACAGAUUGAAAGCCUGCUGGAGUACGGAGCAAAUGACCUCAUCAACCUGACUGAGCCCAAGGACGGGACCGGGGUACUGCAUGUGGCCGUGGCAGCAAACAACCAGGAACUGGUGAGCUUCCUCCUCUCCCACGGAGCUGUCCCAAAUGUCCAGAACAAGAAGGGCAUGACACCGGUGAUGAUGGCCUCAGAGCUCGGGAAUGAGGCCAUAGUGGCUCUGCUGGCUCAACACCACGCAGACAUGACGCUUCUGGAUUCUGAAGGGAAAGGUGUGCUGUUCUACUGUAUCUAUCCCACCAAGGCCCACACUCGCUGUCUGCAGACGGCCAUGAAGCACCAGGCUGAUGCCAACAACGUCUCGGCCUCCGGGAGCCACGUGUUCCAGCUCAUGUGUGAGAAUGCCCUGGAGUGUACCCCCAAGUGUCUGUUGAUGCUGGAGGGAGGAGCCGACCCCAAUGCAGCUAACGAGAAAACUGGUGCGACCGCGUUGAUGGAAGCAGCCAAGGUGGGUUCCCUGCAACUAGUUCGGUCUAUUCUGAGGAGAGGAGGAAACCCCAAUGCCAUCGACAAAAAGCGCCAUACCGCUGUCCAUUACGCUGCCAUGGGGGGCUUCUUUGAGGUGAUAAAAGUACUUUCUGCGUAUAAGGCUGACAUGGGAGUGGUUAGCCUGGAGGACUGCACUGCUCUACAUUUCGCAGCAGCCACUGGGGACGCCAACUGCUGCAAGUUUUUGGCACAACGAGGUUGUAACCCUAAGUUGAAAAACCUUGAGGGUCUUCUUCCACGCCAGAUCGCCAAAGACCUUGGUGCCAAAGCCGCUGCGAAAGAACUGCGGAAAGCUGAAAAACUGUUUGGAAAAGGCAACAAAGCCAGCGCUGUGGGACUGCUGUCGGACCCCUGGGCUCUGAGCCUCCACGACUGGUCCAACAUCUACGAGACUGAACUGAGACAGGCGUUUGGAUCUCAGGACAUUCUCCCUCUUGAUAGGUUCAUUACAGUUUUAGAAGAAGUCCGUGCUCCUGUUGAAAUCAUCCAACUCCAUAAAGUUGUCUCAAUGCACGAUAAAGCCAAACUUGGAUUCAUCAAUAUAAACGACUUUAUCAAAGGAUCUAAGUACAUAAAGAAGCCAUAUCUUUUGUCCACAUACCUCCCCAAGAAGAAAAAAGAGAAAGGCGGGAAAGGAGGUAAAAAGAAAGCUAAAUUUGUACUCCCAAUGCCCAUUUGUACCCUCACACCGGAGCUCAAACCAAGGAGACCAGACGGAGGACCACCACAGUUCAUGAUCGAAACGUACCGUGACUGCUCUGACAUCAACAGAUUUGACAAAGACCACCCGCCCAUUCACCCCAUAGUGAAUGACUCGGGAUGGUACCUGGAAAAGCCUGAUAAAGUUUUUAUAAAUGUGAGCUACUGUGUGAAGAGUGGAGACUUGGAGUCUCUGGACCUGGCCUUCUCUCAGGGCGUGUCUGUGAACGUUCAGGACGAGUUCUACAAGACUCCACUGAUGAUCGCCUGCCAGAACGGGAGUUACGAGAUGGUCCAGUAUCUGCUCAAUCGAGGAGCUGAUGUGAAUGCGUGUGACCAGUUCUUCUGGACCCCUCUGCACCAUGCGGCCCACGCAGGACACGUGGACAUUAUUGAGCUGCUGCUGAACGCUGGAGCCUCCAUAGACGCCCGGGCGCUGAGUGGAGGGACCCCCCUCAUGAGGGCCAUCCAGAGCUCCAGACCCGCCUCAGUGGAGUACCUCAUCAAAGCAGGAGCCAGCGUCAUGGCAGAGAACAAGAAAGAACAAGACUGCCUUGAUAUUGCCAAAGCCUUUGCAGACAUCAGAGUCAUAGACAUGGUCAAUGCCAAGGUGGAGUCCCUUCCCAAACCAAAGGAUGGCAAAAAACCCAAGGGAAAAGCCAAAUCUCAAAAGGCCAAAGCAAAGUUGUUUUCUUCGGAAGUUGCCGGUGCCUCCACUGCCACAGCUGAGAACAUCGCUCCUCCCAAAGAACUGAACAGCGCCGUCCACGAAAACACUCUGAUCACGACCGGGAAGGCCAACACUGUGGACAUCACCUUUGUGCCAAAAACUGUUUGGGGCGAGCCUCCCAGCACCAGUCAGCUGAUGUCACAGAUUGAGAAGCAUAAAAAGCCCCUGUCAGUGGAGAUGGACUUUGAGGACUAUUUACCCUUCAGCCAGAGCGUAAAGAGGAGGACUGUGGAACUGCCAAAAGCAACUAACUAGAGCAGAGAG